AGGUGUGUUAUAUAAUCGCCACCCGGGCCUCACGCCUUUCUUUUUGAGAGCGACGCGGUUAAGGCUGCAGCGGAGCUCUGUGCCGCCCGCUUUUGCUCCUGACUCACCGCUGUUCUCUCUAGCUGAGGAACAAGUCGGUCAGGAAGCCGCACCGCAGCCAUGGCAUUUAAAGACACCGGAAAGACACCCGUGGAACCAGAGGUGGCGAUUCAUCGAAUUAGAAUCACCCUCACCAGCCGCAAUGUGAAAUCGCUCGAGAAAGUGUGUGCUGACUUGAUCAGAGGCGCAAAGGAGAAGAAUCUCAAAGUGAAAGGACCUGUUCGCAUGCCUACUAAGACUUUGAGAAUCACUACAAGAAAAACACCUUGUGGUGAAGGCUCCAAGACAUGGGAUCGUUUCCAGAUGAGAAUCCACAAACGUCUCAUCGAUUUGCACAGCCCUUCUGAGAUUGUUAAACAGAUUACUUCCAUCAGUAUUGAGCCAGGAGUGGAGGUUGAAGUCACCAUUGCAGAUGCCUAAGUCAACUGUUUUAAUAAAUUGAUUAUCAGUUGUUA